CUAACUCUGCAUAAGACUGUUUCCUUUGUGGGAUGUAUAACUCAGAUGUAUAUUUUUAUAUCUCUAAUACUCACUGAAAUGCUCACUCUUACAGCCAUGGCUUAUGACCGAUAUGUGGCAAUUUGUCACCCUCUUCAUUAUUUUAUCUUUAUGAGUUUAAGACAUACAGUUAUAUUUGCGGUUGCUUCGUGGACCAUUGCUUUCUUGAAUCUCACAGGAUAUGCUGUCCUUAUAUCCGAACUGUCCUUCUGUAAAUCACAUCUUAUUGAUCACUUUUUUUGUGAUGCUAUCCCAUUGCUGAUGAUCUCCUGCAGUGACACCUUCAAGAUAGAAAUUUUAACCUAUGUAGAAGGGACAAUACUUGACAUCCCUGCUUUCCUGCUCACUUUCAUUUCUUAUAUUUUUAUUAUCUCCUCCAUUCUCAAAAUACAAUCUUCAGAAGGUCGAAAAAAGGCAUUUUCUACCUGCACCUCCCAUCUGACCUGUGUUUCUCUCUUCUAUGGAACUUCAAUUCCUUUGUACAUGAGACCCACAUCAAGCCUUUCUCCAAAAAAUAAAUAUUUUUCUCUACUAUAUGUUGUCUUGGUCCCAAUGCUUAAUCCUGUUAUAUACACACUGAAAAACCAGGAUAUUAAAGAAGCUUUGAAGAAAACAGUGAAUAAAAUGGUGUUCUUAAGGCCACAUUAG